UGUAACAACUUCAAGCUACAGUAGUUUCGAGUUGAAGUUGACACAUCCGCUCCAAUCUGGCAACCCGGGCAUGAUUUCUGGGCUUGUGUGAGUGUAGCAGCACAUCAGCGCGCGCGCUUCCAGAAGAAGCUCGCAGCCUCACCGCGCCGCUGCUGCAGCAUGCUCAUGGGGAGAGGAUACAGGAGGAGCAGCCGCUGAUCAUCUCCUUCUCACGGCAAGUUUACUGACUUGGUACUGAUGUGCUGUUGCGCCCCCUUUCAGUGCCUCCUGUAGUGCAUCAUGGGAAAACACCCAACAUUCCUGCUGCUGCUUCUAUGGAUGCUCACCACUGAGUUGUGUCAGGCUGAAGAUGUGAUAGCGACAACUAUGAUACCAGAGGAGGUGACUAACAUCCCAGUAUCCCAUAAUACUCUGACGACAACGAGGGGAGCUAUCCUAGCAGCUCAGUUUGAGUGUUACCUGAAAAUACUGCACGAGUCACCACGCACAGAACCAGGACCGUACUGUAACCGCACGUGGGAUGGCUGGCUCUGCUGGGAAGACUCGGCUCCGGGAACCGCCAUGCAGCAAUGUCCUAAUUAUUUCACAGACUUUGACCCGACAGAGAAAGUAACCAAAGUGUGUAACCCGGAUGGACAGUGGUUCCGACAUCCAGACAGCAACCGACUGUGGACCAACUAUACCCUGUGCUCAGCAUUCACCAAAGGAAAAGUCACGGUUGCAUUCACCAAUUAUUAUCUGGCAGUGCUGGGUCACACGCUGUCUAUGGUCUCCCUACUUAUAUCCCUUUUCAUCUUCUCAUAUUUCAAGUGUCUAAGCUGCCAGAGGAUCUCUCUCCAUAAGAACAUGUUUCUUUCCUUCAUCUUCAAAUCCAUUCUCAUGUUGAUCUUUUUAGCGAUGCUCCCUAAUGAGCGACUGGCUUCCACCAAUCAAAUUGGCUGUAAAAUCUUGGCGAGUCUGAUUCUCUACACAGAAUGCUCAACGUACUUCUGGAUGCUGUGUGAGGGGAUCUAUCUGCACACACUCAUCAUCGUGGCUGUGUUUGUAGGAGAACAGCAGCUGAGCUGGUACUACCUGCUGGGCUGGGGAUUUCCAAUUAUUCCAACUGUCAUAUACGCUGUGGCCCGUCUGUACUUCCAUAACGACAUUUGCUGGUUAAGUAACAUUAACCUUCUCUACAUUAUCCACGGCCCCAUCCACGUCGCCCUGGUGGUGAACCUGUUCUUCCUGUUGAACAUAGUGCGUGUUCUGAUCACAAAGCUGAGAGUGACCCACAGGACAGAGUCCAACGCCUACAUGAAGGCUGUGCGUGCCACCCUCAUCCUGGUGCCCCUGAUGGGCGCUCACUUCAUCCUGGUGCCCCUGCAGCCCAAAGGCAGAGUUCCCUUGGUCGUGUAUGAGGCCUUCAUGAACGUCUUCAUGAAUUUUCAGGGUUUCCUGGUUGCCAUCAUCUUAUGUUUUGGAAAUGGAGAGGUGCACUCAGCUAUAAAGCGUAAGCUUGCCCAGUACCGGGUCCAAUGCCGGCAGCGCCUGGUGACGAAUGACUCUCAGUCUCACAACUACCACACCAACACCUCGCUCAUCGAAACCAGCCGAGGGACCGUGACUGUGGAACAUAUGCCACCCCAGGUGGAUGAGGACAAAACAAACAUACCCACGUUCGUCCUCAAUGGCCAGAGCAAUGCCAAGCGCAGUUUCAUCGGGGAAGAUCACAAACCCAAAGUCCUCGAGUCAUCAAUGAUCUGACACUAAAAUGGAAAGAGACUUCUUUAAAUCUUCACGCCCAAGCUCUUUUAAAGAAAUGUUAUCUUGAAUGUGAACUGUGGUUUAAAAAAAAAAAAGGUUGUUAGUAUAAUUAGCUUUUUUAUACUAACUGGUCCAAAUUUUCAUUUCAACAGCGUCGUCUGUUCGGUUAUUUCAAAGCACUGAAACAAAGGAAAGUGAGUGUUUAAAGCAGCGGCUAAACAUUUGACAGAGCUCCUCUUGAAUGAUGUCUAAGGUUUUGCCCUUUCGUCAGGAGAUCAUGAGUUUGAAUAUCAGACGCCACAGCAGUCUGGGAACCCAAGCAAGUGUUGAACUUUGAGUUGGGAAAGUUCAUCUUGCUUUCCUUUCUGUCUGUCACUUAGUCCGACUCUAGCCAAUUACCAUAGGGCCUUUAGAACCGUCCUUAACAUGUGAGGCAGUUUAGGAAGAAGCAUGUCGUAACCUUUAUCGGGGUGGACAAAUCAGUCGCUGGUUAUUUGUAGUUACAUCAUGGUAACACAAGUUGAGAUAAAGAAAAGCAAUGUAGGGCCUGUUGACUUUCUCAAAGCAAACAUUUUCAUUUACGAUGUAGCUAAGUUUAAAUGUGACACACAUCAAUGCUGUAACAAUAGCACAAGUUACUUGUUCCGAAUCACACCACCUGCUGCACUACAAUCAUUUCCCAAAAUGGUUUAUCGUAGUUGGAUUAAUUACAGAGGUGCUAACAAGAAAGUCCUAGCAGGCAGAGAGUGAAAAAAACAGACUUUUGCCACAAAAGUCUUUUACUGUUUCUUUCAUUGAUACGUGUUUCACUGAUUUGGGCAUUUACACAUUUUUACCGUACAGUUAGCCGUCAUGGAAUGUGAUUUCAAAUAAAAUGCCCAUGUAACUUUAGCUAGCUAAUUAUUAAGUGGCCACUAUUUCACUACUUAGUUAUAAAUAGUUCUUCCUUUUUAUGCCUCCGCCACCGUAAGGUGCAGGAGGCAUUAUGUUUUCAGGUUGUCCGUCUGUCCGUCCGUCCGUCCCGAAACCUUGUGAACACGAUAUCUCAAAGGCUAAUGAAAGGAAUUUCACCAAACUUUCACCAUUUGUGCGCUUUGGGACAAACAUGAACUGAUUAGAUUUUGAGAUCAAAAGGUCUAAGGUCAAGGUCACUGUGAGGUCAAAUGGCUGUCCGAAAACCUUGUGAACACAGUAUCUCCAAGGCUAAUACAAGUAAUUUCACCAGAUCAAGAUUACUGUGAGGUCAAAUGUCCAUCCCCAAAUCACAACUUAAUAAGGCGUGUAGUCUACCGGGCGGAGGCAUCCCCAUCGACGCCGUUGGCGUCGAGUUCUAUCUAGUUUUUUUUUUUUUAAACAAAAAGCCCCAACUUUGUUUCUUAUAUUUGCUCACAAGAUUAAAGCUAGUCAAUUUGACAAUGUGAACAAAUCUGAUUCACUUUUAAUCCGAUGCUGCUUUAGCUCAGACAGCAGAAAAGCAUUGAUCUCACAAGCAAUCAAAAUUCAUAAAUGCCACUCCUAAACCUCAGAUCUUGGCCCUGCUGUAAUUAGCUCUCAUGGAUCAGAGACCAUUUUCAGAAUCAGAGAUAGUCUGUGGAAACAAUACUCGCAUAACAUGCACAAUACGUCACCUCGCACGUAAACGUAUCGAGAGACGCUAGUUAAACUCAAACAGUAUCUUUUACAUUGAUGUGAGGACAGAAGUCCAUAUCUGAUAGCUGAAACUUUGGACAGUGACAUGAUGUGCUAUAUUAGAACGUUUUUUAGAAGAGGAAAAAGUUUGUAUUAAUGCACUUCAGUAUCUAACUAGCUCACUAUAUGUUUUUAUUUUCCAUUAGCCACCACUUUUUAGCCUAGUCAGCUAGCUUUCUGUGCAACCAAAACAUAGGACUUAGCCGCAUGUUGGAGCUUUUAUUUGUGUUAGCUAAUGAAUUUAUGAUUUGUCCACCUCCCAGAUUGGUAGCUUAGUGCGAUACAGAGCAAUCUAAAUGAUGGGCUACGAGAAAUUUGGGGAAAAUUUGGUUAAAACACUUAUAAUUCAGAGGAGUUGGAUAUUUUGUAGCAUAUCCAGUGGACUUGUGUUUUAUGCAUCUGUAUGUGCACUUGAUAAAAGAUUUAGCUGAAUUCUCCUUUUCAAAUGGUCUAUAAAAGAAGUAAAAAAGGCAUUGUGCGUUUCAUCAAACCCCAAAAAUUAGAUCAUAAAUGAGAAUUCCAGCAGGUUGCCCCUUAACUCAUUUGUACCUACUGAUUUUUGUUGUUGUUGUUGUUGCAGGAACGACCCAGACGGAGAAAACAAUUAAAGGAAGUUGAAUUGUUUGUUCGAGCACUGAGAACAUUUGAAAUAUGUAAUUAUUUCUUAAAUAUGUGUAUAAACACUUGUAAAUAGGCGUUCUGUGUGUUUUUCACCUACUGCCUUCUCUCAUUCUUAGCGGAGGCUUUUUUUUUUCCUCUCUAGAUUUAUAUUAUAGUGAGCUGUUGAAAGAGGUGUUAUUUGCUUGUAUCUAUCUCUUGGUCAGAUUUCUUGGCUGAAACAUUCCUUUCAAACUUCCAGCAUGUGAAUAACUGUCAUUUCACUAUAUGUGUAAUGGAUGCUAUUGUUAUAAAGAGCACAAUAAAUGUUAC